UCUACGGCGUCGGACUUAACGUCUCUAACUUCAAGUACGGUUUUCGUAAAGACGUGCGAUCGAUAACCCACCACAAACCUACUCGUGUGUGCGGUGUUUUUACGGUGGUUCCGUCCCCUAUAACGUCAGUCUUUAUGAACUCUGAACGUCAUUUUGGAAAAUUUCUAUUUAAACGAGCAGAAAAAAAUAAUUUUUACCGCAUGAAUGUGAGAGAUGUACUGUGAACAUUUUUCGGUCUCACGAGAAAAUUGAACUUUUCAUCAUGGACAAAACCGGAAGAAUGUGCCUUGAGCAAUAUUCAGUUUUCACGUAACUAUUUAUCUACAUGAAAACCACCAGGCAUCGUAAACAUAACCCGACCUAUAACAAACUAUAUUAAGUGCGAGCUUGCAUCUCGAGUUGUGUUCCUCUAAAACAGUGACUUUAUUUGAACUUGUUACAAGUGAAACGCGGGGUUGAUACAAAAUCACCUGUUUUUUCCAUUCAAAAUCGGACUUAACGGUAAAAACCACUUUUCUCUUCGAAAGUAUUCGAGUGCAUCUCAACAUGUGGUGUUUACCGGCGGUGUUCCAACAGUCUUGCUGAACUUUGGCCCGCAACUUUUUUCAACCGGAAAUUUGAGUCCAGCCGCUUCGGCGUAAUACGUAGGUGCAUGUGCGCGAAAUGCGGCGCGCCAGAAUUUCCGAUUAGAUUCCCGCGGUGUUUUGUGACAGUGCGUUCGCGGAUUGCGUAGUUUUGAUGGAUUUGACGUACUGAAUCGCCAGGAUCAUGGGAAAAAUACAGAUGGCGGUGUCAGGGUGUCCCUUGAACGCAGCUGGCUUGGCCGACCGUAUAGCGUCCCUGCUGCCGAGUAUGCCGGCCGUAAGAGGCCGCAAAGGCUGGUGCGGCUGUCUCCAAGAUGACGAACCACCGGAGAUUACGUAUUGUGUGGUGGACAACAAGGGCACGUUGUCCCUACAGACCCUCACGCCCACCCAACCCAUGCCCGCAGAAGAGGAGCUCAACACUAUGUUCGCUGAGCUCGUCGAGGAACUUGAUCUCACGGCCCCGAACAAAGCUGCAAUGCUGGACCUACCAGCGGAGAAGAAGUGGCAAAUUUAUUGCAGUAGAAAAAAGGAUGAAGAAAACACUACUGAUUUGAAUCAACAGCCAGAGCACUACCUUGACCAGGAGCUUCUAACCCGAACGCGGCUUUUGGACUCCCUGCGGACAGCCCUGCGAACGCAGCCCAACAGCUUCGUGCUCCGCUUCGUCGAGUGCGAUGGACUGGUCACUCUCCUUCAAGUCCUCGCGGACCUCGACUACUUCUCCGCCCAGUCCUCCGUCCACACCUCUCUCAUUGGAUGCGUCAAAGCCCUUAUGAACAAUUCGACCGGGCGGGCACAUGUGCUAGCACAUCCAACGGCAAUCAACACAAUAGCUCAGAGUUUAUCGACAGAGAAUAUUAAGACAAAAGUGGCUGCUUUAGAAAUCCUCGGAGCUGUAUGUCUUGUGCCUGGUGGCCACAAAAAAGUGCUUCAGGCCAUGAGCCACUACCAACGAUAUGCAGCCGAAAGACUCCGGUUCCAGGGUAUCAUAAAUGACUUGGACCGGAGUACCGGCAUUUAUCGGGAAGAAGUGAACCUGAAAACGGCCAUAAUGUCUUUCAUAAACGCCGUGCUCAGCUAUGGGCCCGGUCAGGAUAGCCUGGAGUUCAGGCUUCAUCUCCGCUACGAGUUCCUUAUGCUGGGAAUUCAACCUGUCAUUAACAAAUUACGCAGCCAUGAGAACCAAACUCUUGACAGGCAUUUAGAUUUCUUCGAAAUGGUUCACAAAGAAGAUGAAAAAGAACUGGCCAGAAAAUUUGAAAAGGAGGAAGUUGAUACAAACAGUGCGACUGCAAUGUUUGAACUUUUACGACGGAAACUUAGUCAUUCCGUCGCAUACCCUCAUUUCUUGUCCCUGUUACAUCACUUUACAUUGUUACCUUUGGACUAUGGAUGUCAACCGCAGCAUUGGCUCUUAUUUGACAGGAUCGUUCAACAGCUGACAAUGCAAACAGAAAGUGGAGAAGAUACAGAUGUCUCGCCACUUAGUAUAAACGUGAAGGAAAUAGUACAUUUACUUGCUAAAGAGGAAGAACUCGUUGCUGCAAGAACGAAAGCAGAAGAAUUGGAGAAAGAAAACACCGAGAUUGUCACGAAGUUAGCAAAGAAAGAACAAGAAUUAGACCUAAGGACGCAAGAAAAGGAAGAUAUCGAGUCAAAUUUGAUCCGAGUCAAAGAUAGGUUGGAGAAGGAGACCGUCAACUGUCUGGAAGCAAAACAGAGGGUUUUGGAAUUGGAAGACAAAGUCAGUGAGUUGGAACACAAAGCAGGUUUUGAAACGGCAGAACGAAAGAGGCUUGAGACACUUUUAAGCUCAGGAUGUCUUCCUGAUGAUGCAAAGGUUGUUGGCUUAAACAGAAAUAAAGCUGAUGAAAAUGAGAAGAAAGAACUGAAUGGAAAAGCAGACUCACCAUCAACGCCAGCGACUAUUCCACCUCCUCCUCCCCCUGCUCCCUGUCCUCCUCCCCCUCCUCCUUGUGCACCAAUGCCUCCUCCACCAGCCAUGCCUGUACGAACUGUCACCAAAAAUGUUCCUCAACCAUCAAACCCACUAAAGUCUUUCAACUGGUCAAAACUACCAGAUGCCAAGGUUAAUGGCACCAUCUGGACUGAGCUGGACGACACAAAACUGUACAGUGCAAUGGAGCUAGAGAAUAUUGACAGACUGUUCUGUGCAUACCAAAAGAAUGGAGUUGCAAAUGAUGGUUCUGUGGAAGAUUUGCGGCAGUUGGGCAAGUCAAAGACAAAAAUAUUAUCGGUGAUUGAUGGCCGAAGAGCGCAAAAUUGCACAAUUCUGUUGUCAAAGUUGAAAAUGUCGGAUGAGGAUAUUUCGAAAGUGAUCCUGAGUAUGGACAGCCGUGAUCAGUUGCCAUUGGACAUGGUUGAGCAGCUGCUCAAAUUCACUCCCAGUGCUGAAGAGGCUGCAUUAUUGGAGGAACACAGUGAAGAAAUUGAGAAUUUAGCAAGGGCUGAUCGGUUUCUUUUUGAGAUCUCAAAAAUACCUCAUUAUGAGCAAAGACUGAGAAGCUUACACUACAAAAAGAGGUUUAGUGUUUGGAUAGGCGAGGUUGAACCACGUGUCCGGGCAGUCAUGGAGGCUUCAAGGGAAGUUGCAAGAUCGCGACGUUUGCGACGAUUGUUAGAGGUUGUUCUUGCCCUAGGAAACUACAUGAACAGGGGUGCUAGAGGCAAUGCAGUUGGAUUUAGGCUUACCUCUUUGAAUCGGUUAGCAGAUACCAAAUCAUCAGCAGCCAAAGGCACCACACUUCUUCAUUAUCUUGUUGAAAUUUCGGAUAAAAAGUUCAAAGAUAUUCUACGGCUAGAAGAAGAUAUCCCUCAUGUUAGAGAGGCUUCAAAAGUCAACUUAAGCGAAUUGGAGAAGGACAUGAACCAACUACGAACAAAUUUGGCAGAAGUUGCAAGAGAAAUUGAGUUCCAGCGAGUUCAGCCACUCAUAAACGGUGAUCGAUUUUUACCUGUCAUGAAGGAAUUCCAUGCCACAGCUACAUGUCGCUUGUCAGAAUUAGACGACUUGUUCCAUGACAUGAAAACCAGGUUUGACAGAGCCGUCAGACUUUUCGGAGAGGACAAUUCUACAAUACAGCCUGAUGACUUCUUCGGUAUUUUUGACCAUUUCUUAUCUUCACUGAAUGAGGCUCGUCAUGAUAAUGAGAACAUGAAGCGGCGGAGAGAAGAGGAGGAGAAAAGAAUGAAACAGGAGGUUGAUCUGAAGAAACGAACAAUCGACCGCAAGAGCAAAGACAGUCAAAACACAGUUCUUAGCAAUGGUAAUGUGCUUAAAGAUGGAGUUGUGAAAGGUGAAAAGGGUGAAUUUGAUGACCUGAUUUCUGCUUUGAGGACAGGCGAUGUUUUCUGUGAGGAUAGUCUUGCUAAAAUCAAGCGUAGCAGAAAAUCACGACACUCGCCUCCAGCCUUAAAUAGAGAUGACAGCAGAGAGCGGAUCUUAAGUCACCCACGCAGAGGCCAGUGAAACAUCCAUUGAGUGGCAAUGAGUAAAGUUUUGUCCACCAUUUUUUGAAGUUAAGAUAAUCUAAGUUAUUUAAUCAAUCUUGGUCUAUUUGUAUUGAAAUGAGUGAAAGUCUGAGUUCCCCAGUAGUAAAGACAGUCAAAGGUAAACUUUUGAAAAGAACCUUGUAAUUUUGAAAAAAGUCUUCUAAAACUGUUAUAAUGUAUUUUUAGGAAACCUGUUUUGGGUCAUUUUUUUUAAAGAUAAAUUUACGAGGGGUAAAAUUCAAGUGUUAAAAUCUUAAUAACUUCUACAAGAUCUACUCACUGUUCUUUUUAACCCUUUAAAUAUGUUUGAAAAAUGUUAAAAAACGCUUAAAAAUAGCAGUUUUCUCUGAAAGAUUUUUCAAUGUAAAUUUAUCAGCCAUAAUAUUUUCUCAAAAAAAUAUCAGAAAAGGGUUUCCUGAAAAUUAAUUUUUGACGAUUUUUUCAAUAGUCAUCCAAAAGUACUUUUUAACAGUCAUUAAUCAGGACUGAGCUGCAUUAUUUGCAUUUUAAAUGAUGAACUAACUAUUUCACCAAUCUGAGUCAGUGAUUAACAUGUUAAAAAUACUUACAUUGACAGUAACUUUCAGUGCAUUUCUCCAAGUUCUAAGAAAAGAAGAUACCAUCUUUUAAACUAACCUUUGAGAAAAAUUGAAGUUCAGUUAAGUUUAGAAACUGCUAUCAGUAAGAGCUACAUUGGACUCAAAACUGAUAAUAUUUCCAAAUUAAGAUAUCCUUUCUGGAAUUUCUUGUGUAGUAUAAAUGUCAAUUUUUCGUUGAAAAAAGUUAUGAAAUAAAAAUAGUCUGCAACAAAAUUUUGCAGAAUUCUCAAAAUUAUCCUUAUUAAUAUGAACACAUUACACAGAAUAAUGAAAACCUAUCCAACUGAUGCAAUUUAGAAGCUCUGUAAAAUCGUCUUUAAAAUUUACCCAAGUAAUGUACUCAGCAAAAAGAGUGAGAGAUUGCAUCAACAAAUCAGUUUCAUAAUCCAUGCAUUUUUAUAAUUUUUGUGACAAGUUUGGACCUUUAAUAUUUAUGGGUCAUUUAUGAUACCUGAUUGACUUGUGACUGCUGGUAGGAAAGUAAUUUUUUCUGGAGAUGAUGCAUUUUUCAAGUACAUCAAAAGAACAAACUUGAAGAAUAUGUAUCAGCAAUUGCGAGAUAGUUUGAAUAUGUACCACUCAAAUACUUUACCACUCAUUUUAAUGUCAUUUUAUUUUGUUUUGCAAGCCUUCAGAAACAAUGACGAUACUCAAAUAGGCAAGUUCAGAAUUAUUGUUCUUUUUUUUACAAUUUUUAUUUGAACAUUUCACACAUAAAAGACAAUGUAAAUAUGCAAUUUGGUCCAAAAUUAGGUUUCUUGUGGGAUCAACCGAAAAAUGAAUGAAUUGUAAAAAGUGAUUUUUAUUAGGUACCUAAAUUAUUAUUAAGACUUGAAAAGGUUGCCAUGUUUUCAUGUACAGUUUCCUUAUACUCGUGUCACUUCUAGUGUAGUCUGUAUGUGAUAUAGAAAUGUCAAACUGUUUGAAUAUACCUCCUUAACUUUAAUUUUAUGAUCAAGUGUAGAAAUUGUAAUUUUUGUUCUGUAUCAUCAAUCAGUAUUUGCCAGUAAUUUGUAAAAAUGUUUUUCUUCCCUUUUGCAUUUUCAUUCAUUAUUAUAAUUUUUUGUUCGUUUUUCAGUUACAUCAAGAAGUGCAAAUUGGCAUUUUAUUUUUUGAAAAGAAAUGUCGAACAAUCAAUGUUAACACAUGUCUAGUUAUACAGCUGGGAGAUUUUUUUCUUUUUUUUUUAAAUUCAUUUUUUCAUUCAUUUUUAUUUAUUUAUCCCCUUUUUCAUUUAUUAAGUUCAUAACGUAAUUAAUAAGUCAAGGAACUACACCAUUUAGAUGGAGUGUUAACUUUCCUCAUCACUGGUGUUUCACCAAUUCUGAAUGCGUCUAAUGUCCCAAAUUUUUCUUAUUUUAGUGAUAAAAUACACCACAACUAAAAUAACAACAGUCAAAGAAGAGAAGAGGCGAUCUUGCUCUCCUCAUGCUCCUCCUCCAUAAUUCAAAAUGUUCCUAUAAAGAAAGCGGUUGAUUGUGAGUUUGGAGCAACCAUUACCUUUGGACCUCCUUCUAAAAAAUGCUUCGCCCUAGACUUCCUUGUUGCCUCCCCCGUGAAACAUUUCGCGUUGUUCUAUCGCUUGAUUAGGUUAAUGACUGUACCAUGAUAUGCAUUUUAAAUGAAAAUCACAUGAAAAUUUUUUCGAGACUUUUUGACCUCAUGAAAAUGGUCUAAUCAUGAGGCAUCAACAAUACAAAUUAAGCAUCCCCUUGGAGGAAGGCCCAGAAAUGUAGGUGAUUUUGUUUACAGAGUUAAAUAGGAUUAAAAGCUGCUCAGUAAAAUAACGACUUUUCCUCUAUAGUUGAAGAUUUCUUGUUCCGCUGCUUCCCUCUGUUGUUAGCUCUUUGCUUCUUCCUGAUUCAGAAGCAGUCCGAAUCAAAUCAAUCAAUGCUCUAUUUUAAGUCUUCAGUUUUUUUUGUUUUUUUUUGUUUUCUUCUUUUUUAAGUUUUGGAAGGAGAUGGUAGAUUAAUCUCAGCAUUCAGAAAUCUCAUCACUUGCUGUGGGCUGUGCAGAGUGAAAACCAAUACAAAACUGAAAGUUUGGCAACUCAUAAUGUAGUUAUUCAUGAGAAAAAAUUCGAGUGAAAAAACCCAGAGAGUGAUUUAAAACUAGUUAUCUAUAGGUAUCAGUAAUUAAUUUUUUCUCCCAGCUUUAAUUAUAUAUCUGACUCAUACAGGAUCUGAGGAUCGAAAUUGCGUGUAAAUUAGUCAGUAGUAUUUUGUAUUUUUUGUAAUGUUUGUAAGUCCUUGUUACUUUAUUCAAUUAAACUGCUUUUUUGUUCCAAAAA